CCCAGCUCCCCCCCCAACCCCCGCCCCCGCCGAUUCUGAAACCCCCAACUUUCCCCCUCUUCCCGACGGCGCACGAUGAGACUACCUCCUCCGCUCCCAAGAAAACCCCGCCGGCCCUUAUGUUGCUCCCGCGCCGUACCUUGCUCCAGCUCCGCCGCCCCAGAUCCGCACCACCACGCUACUCCGCCGCCGGCCGCCGCCGACACCUCACUCCUCCGCCGCGACCUCGCCCUCCUCCUAUCCCGCCCCUCCAUAGACGCCGACCUCUGCCGAGAGACCCUCGCCCGCCUCUCCCCCCGCCUCCUCGACCGCCUCCUUCUCGAUCUCCGGCCGGCGAUCAAGCCCCGCCCAGCCCUCCGCUUCUUCUCCUUCGCCUCCGGCCACUGCGGCUUCUGCUUCACUCCCCGAUCCUACUCCAUCCUCGUCCACGCCCUCCUCCGAUCUAACCUCGCCGCCCCCGCCCGCCUCCUCCUCAUCCGCCUCAUCAGUGGUGGAGCUGGUGGCAGCCUCCCCCUUCUCCUCGACGACCCCAGUCGCCGGUUCCCCGAGAUCGUUCGCUCCCUCGCCGACACUGUUUCAGCCGACGAGCCGCCAUCUGGCGCUCUCGAUACCCUGGUUCACGUGUGCUGCACCCAGUUCCGAUCCGACGGCCCGAAGCUCGCCGUCGCGGCAUUCCAGAUCCUCGUAGAGCGAGGGUUCUGCCCAUCUCUGAAAACCUGCAACCUUCUCCUGUCAUCGCUUUCUAAGGUCAAUGAUUGCAAGCAUGCGCACAUGGUGUUCGACAGAAUGCGACAGUUUGUUGUUCCGGAUGCCUACUCGUAUACCCCUGUCAUUGAUGUCUUCUGUAAGAACCACGAGGUCGCUGAGGCGAUCACAUUGUUCUCAGAGAUGGAAAGCUCGGGAAUUCGUCCCACGGUCGUUACUUACAAUGUGCUGAUCGAUGGGCUCUGCAAGAAGAGGAUGUUGGAUGAGGCGUUUCGGUUCAAGGAGAAGAUGGUGAGGAGCUCAGUGAAGCCGAGCGUUGUUACAUUCAAUGUUCUCAUCAACGGUUUGGUUAAAUGCAAUAGAUUUGGAGAUGUGGAGUCUGUCCUAAAGGAGAUGGACGAGAUGGGCAUUUUGCCAAAUGAGUUUAUUUAUAAUACUCUGAUUGACGGGCACUGCAGGAUGGGGCAGAGUUCAGAGGCUUUGAAGUUAAGAAAUGAGAUGGUGGCGAAAGGGAUGGAGCCAAAUUCGGUUACUUAUAAUGCACUUGUAAAAGGCUUGUGCAUGUCAGGGAAGAUGGAGCUGGCCGAGUAUCUACUAGAUGAGAUGCUGUCAAAUGGUAUGGAAAUAAAUGUCGGGCUAUUUAAUUCUAUUAUUUUCUGGCUUGUCACAAAGGCAUUAAGGUUUGACUCUGCCUUGAGGCUUUUCAGGGAGAUGUUAUUAAGGAAUUUAAGACCGAAUGAUUCUCUAAUGACGUCAGUGAUCAAGGGGCUGUGUGAGAAUGGGAAGCAUCGUCAGGCGAUUGAUAUUUGGUUCAAAAUGCUAGAGAAGGGUUUUGGUGUGAACACCAUUACUUCGAAUGCUUUGAUUCAUGGGCUCUGUGAGUCAAGGAACAUGAAAGAGGCAGUUCGGCUUCUUCGCACAAUGCUUGAGAAGGGAUUGGCUUUGGAUAGGGUGACAUACAAUACUUUGAUUUCAGGUUGUUGCAAAGAAGGGAAAAUGGAUGAAGGCUUUAAACUUCGGGACGACAUGGUUAAAAGAGGGUUUAAGCCAGACAUUAUUACCUAUAAUACGUUAAUACAUGGAUUAUGCAAUUUGGGUAGGAUGGAAGAGACUAUCACGCUUCUUCAUGAUCUUAAGAAUGAGGGUUUGGUUCCAGAUCUUUUCACAUUUAGCACAAUAAUAGAUGGUUAUUGUAAGGCUAAAGAAGUCCAUAAAGCCAAAAUCUACUUGAAGGAGAUGGCUAGUUGGGGUUUAGAGCCAAAUAGUGUCAUCUAUAAUUCACUUAUUGGUGGUUACUGCAGGGAUGGUAAAAUUUCAGAGGCUUAUAAUCUUCUAGAUGAAAUGAAGAGUAAAGGCAUUGCAGCAACUUCUGUGACAUACUGUACCCUUAUGCAUGGGAUGUGUGAUGUUGGUCGUGUUGAAGAGGCUAAGAAUUUGAUUGUGAAAAUGAGAGAGGAUGGUUUGGAAUUGAAUGUUGUAAGCUAUACUAUACUUAUUGACGGGUAUUGUAAGAUAGGUCAAAUGGAUGAAGCAAACAAAGUCCUUGAGGAAAUGCAUGCUAGUGGGCUAGCCCCAAAUAAGGUUACUUACACUGUCCUAAUGCGUGGAUACUGUAAAAUGGAAAACUAUGAUGCAGCAGCUAAACUUCUAGAUGAAAUGCUGGAUAAUGGUAUUGUUCCAGAUGUCGUCACUUAUAACACGUUAAUGUCUGGUUUCUGCAAUGAAGGAAGAAUGGAGGAGGCUUUUAAGAUAUCUGAUCAUAUGACUCAAGAAAACAUGGUGUUGGAUGAGGUGUCUUACACUACUUUAGUUCAUGGAAUAACUAGUGUAGGGUGCCAAAAUGAAGCUGCUUCCAUAUCUGAUGGAAGCAUUAUCAAGCAGGGAAUUGGGCCUUAGCAUAUUAAGAUAUCUUCAUGGACAACUGAACCUUACCAACUACCUUCAGAAGAAUCUAUAGACAUCUAAUGCAUGCUUUAACAUGCGGGGGACUCUCCAUUUCCCUGGGGCUGCAAUACAAAUGCAAACUUGUGCCUGUAUUCACCUUUCCUUUUGGAGAUGGCAUUCUUGAAGGUAGAGAUGUAUGGCAUUCAUGGCUGGCUGAUGAUCGUCGGCUGACAGGUUUUUAUUGGAGUAACAUUUAAGGGUGCACAGACUAAGAAACAUAGCACAUAUAAGGGUAAUUUUUCCAGUUUAGGAUUUUGGUGUUGAACUCAAAGAAACCAUCAGCCAAGCAUCAUCAUUGAUGUCAAGAAAUAAGGUCGUGGCCGCUGCAAGCCUGGGAUCCUCUUACUGCAUGAGCAUGGUGAAUGACAGGAGGAUGCAAUAUUCUGGAGCAUCAUUUCUUCUUCAGACAUCCUGCAAAAAUGGGUUUGGUGCCAUCUGUACAUUGCUAGCUUUUUGAUGCAAACUGCCGCGACAAGCAAUCUUGAAGCACAUUACAUGACAUAGAUCUGUGAUGUGAAGGCUUGUAUCUCUGACAAUGGAGACGAGCAAAGGUUUCACCACAGACAUGUACUAGGAUCCAAGAUGCGGCCACUUCAACUAAGAGGGAUCAGACCGUGAAUUUUUACUGCCUGCCCAUUGACAAGGUGAAAUUCCAGUGCUUCUUUGACUCUAGUCUAAUGUAUUUAAAAGCAGAAUAAUCUUGAUUUUAAUGGUGUGAUCCCACAGCAAGGCAUUAGGAAGUGAUUAAGGGACAAGAUACUGAGCUGGAGUAACUAAAGGUUCAUCUUCACACCUUGAUUCUUAACUUGGCUAACUGAUACGGGUAUGCUGAACCUAGAAAUUGCAUGACUUGCUAUAAAUUGAUGCUUUUCUGCUUCUGGAUGAACGUACAUCUUUGGAUUCUUUUACCUAGCCUACGGUUUGAGCCCUAUUAAGUACUGCUUGUACAUGAAACUUACAUGGUUUGAUGAUCUUUUUUGUAUGUACCACAUUCUCCCAAAGUUAUACCACAUUCUUCCAAAGUUUUUUUAUAUUGUGGUAUAACAUGAUGUGUUGAUUUUUGGACAGAGAAAUUUCCAAAAUGUAUGAUUAUUUGUU